GGUUUUGUAUGUUUUGGCGGAAAAUUGUAUAUGUUCGAAUUGUCCGUUGCUCGUGUUAACUGAGAUAGAAGACUGCAGUCCAGUUUACGAAAUUUUUAACUAAUUUUUUAAGUAUUCCAUUUUAAACAUUUUAUUGAAAAUGCCUCAAAGAUCGGUUUUAUAUGAGCGAAAUGAAUUUGUAUCACCAAGAUCAAAAGAUGGAAGUGGCUCGUCAACUCAGAAAAGCUGGGGUGAUAUUGUUGAAGAAGAGGAAGAAAAAAAAUUACAUGAACAAAUUGAAAAAUUAUCUAAUAAUUUUUUAACUAGUACCCCAAAUAAAAAGACUUUUGCAGUUCCUAAUUCUCGUAAAAGACCUGCUGAAUCUGGAAAUGAUUAUCGAGGUGAGACAGGAUAUGAAAAUGAUCCAAAAGUUCUUCGUCGAAGACAAAAGCAAAUUGACUUUGGUAAAAAUACUAUUGGCUAUCAAAAAUAUUUAAAAGCAGUUCCCAAAUUUAAGCGUACAAAAAAUCAUCCAAGAACACCAAAUAAAUUUAUUAGCUACAGUAGAAGAUCAUGGGAUGCUCAAAUUCGUCUUUGGAGAAAACAAUUACAUAAAUGGGAUCCUCCUUCUGAAGUUGAUGUGGAUGAGCUCGAUUUGACAGAUAUUUCUGAUUUUUCAUUUGAAUUUGAUGAAAAUAUGCCGUCACCAUCAUGCAGAGAUAGCAAUCUUCAUACUCCAUCGACAGAAUUAAACUUAGGUGCACAGUCUAAAAAUGAAGGAAAACCAAAUCCGUCUAACGUCAAAUCUAAUUUGGUUGAAAGAUAUCCCGAUUACGAAUCAAAAAUUGAUUUUAGUUCAUUGGACGAAAUGGCAUUUGCACUGGAAGAAGGCGUGUUAGAUCUGUAAAAAUGUUUUGACUGUAUUUUUUGUUUUAUACCCUGUCAUUGAAAAUAUAAUAUUUAACAAUGAUUCAUGUACAUUCACUGCUAUGUAUAUUUGCUUAUUUAUUUACUGGCUUUUCAUUUUAAAAAAAUAUCAUAUUAAGAUUAUUUUUUCAUACCUUGUAAUAAGUAGAUAGAGAAUAUUAGAUUCUGGUAAGAAUGUAUAAUUUUAUUUAUCUAAACCACAAGUUUAGAAUAAUUAUCAAUAUAUAUAUAUAUAUAAUUUGAAUAUAAAGUAAUUACUCGACACUAAAAUAUAGCGGUUAAAAAUCUUUUAUUUGUAGAAGUAAUUAAAUAAGAAUGGUUGAUUAGUAUGUUAUGAGUGCCAAUGUAGAUUUAUCAUCACGUGUUCAUAAAAUAUAUAAAGUUUGUGUUGUAAAACAUCAAUGAGGAUGGUUUUCUGACUGAAACUUUUAUAUUGAAACAGGACCAAUUAUUAAAAAAUAUUGACAAUGAUUUUGAUUGACAAUGAAAAAUUCUUUAUUGUCAUUUAUAGUAGUAGUAAUAUAGGUAAACUUUUUACUUAUACAGUAGUUUAAAAAUGCCUGCUCUAUAUAAACGAAUGCUGUUUUUUAUCAGUUUCAUUAUAAAUAAAAUUCAUAUAAAUGCAUAUGAUUUAUUAG